GGGCCAGUCACUCGCUCUGAGAAGCAAAUGAAAAGAACAGCUGUAGUUGUAGAGAGGUUUCAUUUGAGCUGUCAAAACAGAAAUUAACUCUCUGGCUAGAUGGCAACCACAGAGCUCUACACAAAGGGUGCAUGUGUGUGGGUGCCAGACCCAGAAGCUGUGUGGGUGUCUGUACAGCUGCUUCAAGACUAUCGUCCUGGAGACCAGCAGAUCUUAAUCCAACUCAGUGAUGGCAGAGAGAUGGAGUAUCCAGUGUUGCCUCCGGCAGGUCUUCCCCCUCUAGGUAACCCUGAUAUUUUGGAGGGGGAGAAUGACCUCACAGCUCUAACCUUCCUCCAUGAGCCAGCGGUACUUCACAAUUUGCGAGUGCGCUUUCUUGACUACAAUAGCAUUUACACAUAUUGCGGGAUUGUGUUGGUGGCAUUAAAUCCAUACGAACAGUUGCCCAUCUACGGAGAGGAGGUGAUUGAUGCUUACAGUGGCCAGGACACGGCUGAUAUGGAGCCGCAUAUUUUUUCGGUGGCUGAAGAGGCGUAUUGCACUAUGACCAGAGAGGAGAAAAACCAGUCCAUCAUAAUCAGUGGAGAAUCAGGUUCAGGUAAAACUGUAUCUGCCAAGUACACCAUGCGUUACUUUGCUGUUGUGGGUGGUGCGGCCCAGCAGACCAGUGUGGAGGAGAAAGUUUUGGCGUCCAAUCCCAUCAUGGAGGCAAUUGGUAAUGCAAAAACAACUAGAAACGACAACAGCAGCCGUUUUGGAAAGUAUAUUGAGAUAGGAUUUGGAUGGAAAGGGGAUAUAAUUGGGGCAAACAUGAAGACCUACUUGUUGGAGAAAUCAAGAGUUGUUUUUCAGGCAGCUGAGGAGAGAAACUACCACAUCUUCUACCAGCUUUGUGCUUCCAGGGAUUUGCCAGAGUUGAGGACACUCAAAUUGGAUUCUGCGGAGAACUUCCAUUACACCAACCAAGGACAAGAUGUGCACAUUCCAGGCACAAAUGAUGUUGUCGAGCUGGAGCGUACAAGAAAUGCCUUUACUAUACUUGGAGUGCAGCCAGACCAGCAGAUGGAGAUAUUUCGUAUACUGGCAGCUAUUCUUCAUCUGGGGAAUGUCAACAUACAAGCCAGUGGUCGUGGUGGGGACCGAAGCUACAUUAAUGCCGAUGACCACUCUUUGGCUGUCUUUGCCAAGCUUUUGGGGGUGGAAGGUGCUCAGAUGGCCCAAUGGCUAUGUCACAGGCGACUGGCGGUGGGUGGGGAGAUGCUUGUGAAGCCCAUGACAGGCCAGCAGGCUAAUGAAGCACGGGAUGCUCUGGCUAAGCAUGUGUACGAGCAACUAUUCACAUGGACGGUGCAGAGACUCAACUCAUCCUUACGAGCACACCGGGAACAGCCCAAAUCUUUCAUAGGAGUUCUUGAUAUCUAUGGGUUUGAGACUUUUGACAGGAAUAGCUUUGAGCAAUUCUGUAUUAACUAUGCCAACGAGAAACUCCAACAACAGUUCAACAGGCAUGUGUUUCAGUUGGAGCAAGAGGAGUACCUGCGAGAGGAACUUCCCUGGAAUCGUAUUGAGUUCAGCGAUAACCAGCCAUGCAUUGCACUCAUUGAAGGCCAGCUGGGCCUACUUGAUCUUCUGGAUGAGGAAUGCAGAAUGCCGAAAGGCUCGGAUGAGAACUGGGCUCGGAAGGUUUACGACCAGCACCUGAACCACAGCCCCUACUUUCGUAAACCCCGCAUGUCCAACUCUGCCUUCGUCAUUGUGCAUUUUGCUGAUUUGGUUCAGUACGAGUGUGAUGGCUUUUUAGACAAGAACCGAGACACUGUGUGUGAGGAGCCCAUCAAUAUACUGAGAGCUAGCCAGUCAGAACUAGUUGCAGAGUUGUUCCAGAAGGAGUCAGGGGGAUCCCUCCCCAACUCCUCUCUUGCAAACGGGAGCGUACGUUCAGGAAAGCGAGCUCACAGAGAGCACAAAUUAACUGUGGGUUUUCAGUUUCGUCAAUCCCUGCAACUUUUAAUGGACACCCUGAACAGCACCACUCCCCAUUAUGUCCGCUGCAUAAAGUCCAAUGACCUCAAACAGCCUUUUCUAUUUGAUCCCAAGCGAGCAGUGCAGCAAUUGCGAGCGUGUGGAGUCUUGGAGACCAUCCGAAUCAGUGCCGCAGGCUACCCCUCCAGGUGGACGUACGAGGAGUUCUUCACCCGCUACCGGGUGUUGCUACAUGAUUCUGUUUCUCAGGAUGAUGUACGGCGUUCCUGUCAGAGUGCCCUGCCCAACCUCAUCCCUGAUCCGGAGCAGUACUGCUUUGGCAAGACCAAGGUCUUCUUCCGGGCUGGACAAGUUGCAGUACUGGAGAAGCUGAGAGGGGAUCGGCUAUCUAGAGCAGGGGUUUUGAUCCAAAGUUGGGUGAGAGGCUGGCUGCAGCGUAGGCGUUAUCAGCGGCUCCGGUGGGCCACCUUCAUCCUGCAGCGCUACACCAGAGGAACCCUAGCCCGAAGGUUGGCGUGGACCCUCCGUUAUACACGCGUUGCUUUAAUCAUCCAGAAAACUUACCGCAUGCUGGCUGUGCGACAACUUUAUAUGACCAUCAGAGAGGCCACCAUCAAAAUCCAGGCCUUCAUCAGAGGCACCCAGGCUCGUCGCAUUUAUAGACAGAUGCUGACAGAGCGGGCGGUGGUGUUUUUGCAGGCACAGGUGCGAGGCUGGCUGGCCCGGUGCAGUUUCAGGCGCGUCAGAACUGCAGUCGUGCUUCUGCAGAGUUGCGUGCGCAGACGAGUUGCACGUAAAGAGCUGUUGCGCCUGCGUGCUGAGGCUCGAUCGGUAGAGAAAUUCAGAGAACUCAAUAAGGGCAUGGAAGUCAAACUCAUGCAGCUGCAGCUCAGAGCUGACCAACAGGCGAGAGAGAGUGCGUCUCUGAGGGAGAUUCUUCAGUCCGAGCGAGCAUCUCACAGCUCUGAGCUGGAACAGCUGCGGUCAAGCCUCCUCAAACUCAAGAUUCAACUGCAGGAGAAUGCAAACACUGCUCCUUUACUUGCAGACAAACAGGAGGAGGACAUAAGGAAAGCUGGGGAGAAGGCCGCCCAAGAGAUUCUCCAGCUUACACAGGAAAUCCAAGCUCUCCGAUUCGAGAGAGAUUCUUUGGAGAAAGAGAAGGAUGACUUGGCUGUUCGUUUACAGGAUCAGGAAAAGGCUCAGGAGGAGAGCCGGCAGCAGUCUGUGGAUCAGGCGGGUGCAUCAGUGCAAGCAGAGCUGGAAGAGGAGAGGAGGAGAUACCAGAGUUUACUUAGAGAGUUCACGAGGCUAGAGCAAAGAUAUGACAACCUAAGAGAUAUGAGCCUAUUCACCACCAAUGAGCAUUCACGUGGACAUAGGCGAACAGAUUCGACUGUGUCUUUGGAGCCUCUUUCGCCCGUCACCACGCCGUUCUCGAGCUCGCCCAUCUUCCCUUCACCCGAGGAGAUCAGGAAGAUCAGCGUCACGUCCGCCACCGACAGGAGACCCUGGAGCUAUGAGCAACCUCUGAACAUCCUAAUGGAGGAUAUGAACGUUGCGAAGGACACAGCCGAGGGGAUGAAGGGGGAAGAUCUCAGAUAUGCGUACGAUGCUGUACGGGUGGCCAACAAGUUUCUAGAGACGCAGCUGUUGUCUCAGAGAGGGCAGUGGGAGCAGGAGAUUUCAGCUCUCAGGAUGAAACUCCAGCAGGCCCAUGACAGAGAUACGCCUGGAGAUCCUGAGAUAAAUGAACUAACGGAGCAGGUGGUGGUUCGAGAACAGGAAUGUGUCCGAUUACGUCGAGAGCUCAAGGAACUGAAGCACACUGUGAGCCUCAGGAGAAUCCUUUCUUAUGCAGGUGUAGCGAUAGCUGCGUCUCAGGACCCAACAUCUCCUGGCCCUCAGAAGAGCCAGACACUCAGCGGACUACUGGAGUGCAGGAAGAGAGAUGAGAGCAAGCUGAUCAAACAUCUUAUAACAGAUGUGAAGGCGGAGGGAGUUUUGUCUUUGUCCCCUGGACUGGCGGCCCGGGUUCUGUUUCUGUGUGUACGGCAAGCGGACUGUAGUGGCGAUCAGACGCGAGUGAAGGGGCUCUGUGGCGCUGCUGUUAGCGCUAUUAAAACUGCCAUGAAGAAACACGGUAAUGAUCUGGAUAUGACGGCGGUGUGGCUAAAGAACGCUUACCUGCUCAAAGACCUGCUCCACCAGCACUCUCACCAACAGGAUGUGAGGGGCUGCGAGGAGCUGGUGCCUCUGGUGACGGACGUGCAGGAGUGUGUUCGAGCGCUCAGUGAUGUGUGUAUUCAGGCCUAUCAGCAGCUGCUGUCCAUCUCUGAGAGCCAUCUACAACCUAUGAUCGUCCCAGCAAUGCUUGAAAGUGAGACCAUCCCUGGUCUGGCAGUUUCAUCUUUAAAGAGUGUGGGCCGCAAGCGAGCGGGUUCGGACCCCCGGCCUCCCACCAGCACAGAGGGGACCACUAUGUCUGCAGUGUUGAGGGAACUGUCAGCAUUACACACAGCCCUGUCCCAUCAAGAUCUGCCCUCGGCCCUGCUGGCACAAGCCUUCCGUCAGCUCAUGUACCUGCUGUCCGCCACCACCCUCAACAGCCUGCUACUGCGCAAAGACAUGUGCUGCUGGAACCGCGGCCUCCAGAUCAGGUAUAAUGUGAGUUUACUGGAGGAGUGGCUGCGGAGUCGUUCGCUGCAGGCAGGGGGCACUGUGAGCGCUCUGGAGCCUCUGAUACAGGCAGCACAGCUUCUUCAAAUGAGCAAGAAGACUGAAGCGGAUGGACAAGCCAUGGUCCAAACCUGCAAUGCAUUGUCCAACCAGCAGCUUGUGAAGAUGUUAAGCCUCUACACACCUCAGAGUGACCUCGAAGAGAGAGUAACGCUCAAUUUCAUCCGUAUAGUACAGGGGCUGCUGAAGGGGCGCUCUGAGGGGCAACCUCCACAGCUUCUGAUGGAUGUCAGACGGGUGUUCCCCGUCACGUUCCCUUAUCAGCCGCCUCCGCAAGUCACUGCCGCCCAGCUCGAAAUCCCAGAGUCCCUCAAGAUCUCCUUCCUACGCAGAGUUUGAAUGUGGGUGUUCCUUUACCUCCUGAAAAGCUUUUUUUGUUUGUUGCCUUUUGUUGCCUGAUCAACUUAAAAAUGCUAUCCGAGCAUUUUGUAUACAUUGUUAUCAUGCACAUUUUGAACCCAUUGUAAAUGUUUAAUUAUUUUAGCUUGACAAAGCCGACAAACUAUCCAUUACUCCCACCAUCGGCACCUACCGGUCCGGUGUAACAAUGUAAUCGACAUAAUUUUUUUAAGUUACUUUCAAGAGGUGAUUUACUCAUAUUUUGAUCGCUACCAUAGACCUAAUUUUCACGCAUUCUAAAUGUAUUAUCGUUAUCUUUCUGUCUAAAUAUUUGUAUAACUUAAAAAAAUAAAUACAAUAAUAUAAGAAUGUCUAGUCAUAUUCAACAUUUUAAAAACAUGUUUAACAAAACAACAACCAACAGACUAUUGAACGAUGUAUUUUUUAACCAUUUAUUGGAAGUAGAAACAAACCAAGGCUGGCAAGUGUUUUACCUCCACCCCCGAUAAGAACGAUCAUAUUUAGAAAAACAAAAAUUAGAAACAUCUUUGUAUAAAAAAAUCUCUCAUGCUAGCACUCUGUACCACUACACAUCAGUAAUACAUAUUUAUAUAUUCACAAGCCUUUCAAAAAUAGAAAAUAAUACCCAAAUAUCAAAAUAAAUGACAAAAAGAAAUCAAGAGAAAUAAAUACAACAAUUGAAUAUCACAUCAAAGAUACAUGCUGGCACAAGAAGAAUCUUUCCCAACAUGCACUGCUUCUUAUAUACAGGCAAGGAGUGGCUAUUUGGGUGCGUGUGGAGUUAUUGUUACUUGUGUCUGUGUGUGCUUUGUCUCGAACUACAUGCUCACUACAUCCUGUAAUAUUACUAUUCACAGUCAGCAACACACAGCUUUAACAUUAGAAAUCCUAUCAUCCAAAUUUCUUGCUACAGAUGCAAUUUUCCAGUCGGCAGUCAUUUCAACAUUCAUUAAUGCCAUUUCCUGUGAUUGAACCCUACAACGAUGAACACUGAAGGAUUCAGCAUGUAAAACAAAACCAGCAAAGUUUGCAGCUGCGGGUUGUGCCGCCCAUUCGCGAUGUAAACAAUCCACUGAUGAUUCUGACUGAUGCAUAGACUCUUUUUAGAGAAAUAAUAGAAGGAAACAUAAAAAAAUAGCUGUAGCGCAAGGUGCUUAUUGGCUAAAUUCACUAUGCGACGAGAUAAUUUCACCUAAGUGGUUCAUUUUGACACUUAUGGUUCAGCGCAAUACAGCAGGAAGGAAUGAAUAUAGUGUUUAAACCACAUUAUAAAGCGUCUCUGUUGUGCUUUUCUAAUAUGGUGGAUGGUUUGGCAGUAAAAUGGCAGGAUUCAUCAGCGGUUACUAUGGCAACUCUAUAGGAGUGAUUCUCAACGGCUGUGAUUCUUUUGAGGUGUGAAACCAGAGAUUGCUGUAGAGGGGGGGAAAAGCCCCAUUUCGCAUGGAAUGAUCUGGAGUGGUAUGACAUUUAACUGUGAUGUAAUAAAGUGAAAUCUCACUGGAACAGGCAGCUCUGGUGUCUAAUAUAAGCAGUGUUUGUCAAUCAAACUUGCACACAUACAUCGUGCCUUAUCAUGCCGACAAACACUUGAUAAACUGCACAGGCACUCGUACUUGAACAGGUCGGAAAACA